GCUGAAAAAAGGGUGCACAGGACAUGAGGACCCAGCAAAUAGUAAUCGGAGUUUGAGCUGGAACUCUUAACAAACUGUAAAACCACAAGGUAAAUAAUUAAAACUAAAGAGUUCUGGCUCUGUUUCUAAACUCUGUCCUUUGACAUAGUUGUGUUCUGAUCUCUGAACACAGCAUUCUGGAAAAUCAAUUUGAAAUUUGGACUGUAAACAAUCUAAUAGAUUAUUGUAGGAAACAUAGUCUUAGAAAUUUAGGAAGAAAUUAAUCACUCUAGACAUUUCCUAAACAAAGAAACAAAUGUGAAAUAACACGAGCAGUGUUUUCUUGAAUAUUAUCAAGCCUCCUCUUAGAUAUGUUCAUGGUGCAGUGUGUACCAAAAUGGGGGAAAAUGACUGAAAAACAAAUCUGACAGCAUAUGAAACAACAGCAGUACAUAAUACUGGUCUGUGUACUACGCAGUUUUAAGGAACCUCAUUUAAGCAAGAGCAAAAUUUGACUGAUCUGACUACAGUACAUAAAGCCAAUUAGUAUUUGUUUUGGCUUCCAAUGAACAGCAUAAUAAACACGUAACUUAGCUUAACGUUUACUAUUUCUUAACGUAUUAGCUUUUUGGGUAAAUCCCCUUAACAAUCAUUAACUGGUCUGGAACUGAGGGAGGCUCUUCACUCUGCUUUGAUGUAGUGAUUUAAUUCCUGACAAAAUGACCAUGAGGUAUCUUGGAUUUGUUCUCCUGGUUUGCUUUCCUGGAGUUCUGCAUGCACAAAGUGCAGCUCAGCCUUGUCGUGCUCCCAGACUGGUCGGUGGUUAUUUUGUCCCUGUACAAGAAACUUAUUCUCAUGGAACAAAACUCGCUUAUGCCUGUGAGAACGGACAGAAACUAACUGUGGAGGGUUGGUGGGCAACCAGCACAUGUCAAAAGGGCACAUGGUCUCAUAAGCCACAAUGUAUAGAUGAAAACGCCUGCAUUCCACCAACUCUCGCUAAUGCAAAAUACACUGAAAACUCUAAUGGUUGGUAUGUGAACGGAGACAUAAUAAGGACAACAUGUGACAAAGGAUAUGAACACAAAGACCGGGUAGCAACAGCCAGAUGCAUAAAUGGAAUAUGGUCCUCUUUGCCCAUCUGUGAGAAAAGUUCUGACACAUGCAGUGAGCCCCCUAAAAUCCCCCAUGCUGUAAUCAUUCAUCAGGAUUACCAGGAGGUGUUUGCUGCAGAUUCAGAAUUGCAUUAUGAAUGUGAAGAUGGAUAUACUGUAGAGGGAGAACAAGCCAAACAAUCAAUUUUUUGCAUCGCUGGAAACUGGACUGAAGGCCCAAAGUGCAGCAGUGUAACAGAACCAGGUACUGGACAUGGUGGAUCUGCACAGGGGGGAAAAGAUUGGGGGCCCACUACAUCAGCUAGCAGUGGUACAUGGCCUAUAGGUGGAGGAUCUUCCAUCGGUUCUGGAUUAAAUGAGAGAGAGAUCCAAACUCAAAUCUCACCAAUCAACAACUGCGGAAAACACCCCACCAUAUACAAUGGUGAUGUUUCGGAAAUUCAUCCACUGUUUCUGAAAUACCAGUGCAAUAGCUUUUAUAAACAAGUGGGUCCAGAAGAAGUGGUGUGUUACACAGAUGGCACAUGGUCUGAAGUACCCACCUGCAAAGCUGCCUACUGCUUUCUGGACACUCACGAAUAUCCUUAUUUGAAACCCGCUGGAGUUAAAUAUAUAAAAGAUGGUCACAGUGUCACAUUGGAAUGCGUGAGACUGAGGCAAUGGUGGACAGAUCAUUAUUCCUUGGCCCAAUGCACUAAUGGGAGAAUUAAGAUAAACAGAUGUUGUAGCUGGAUGCAGAUGGUGAGUGUUACUCCUGUAUGAAGCAAUACUAUAUUUUAAUUUUAAUGUGCAUUUACGAUUUUGUAUUUAUAAUAUACUUGAUUUUUUUAUUGUAUUUUUUUAUGAUAACUGUAAAUUGUCUUGUGACCAGACCCCUUGCUGAGGUUGUAUGACCAAGGGAAAGAUUCUGCUACCUUUUUGAUUUGCUCAACACCGCCUGAAAACAAAUGCUGGCCUGGAAACUUAAAAGUUAUAAUUACGAUGUUAUACACUGUGUUAGGUUCUUCAGAAAAACAUUCCAGGGUUCUAAUUUUGAUAUAUGAAUUUGAGUGUAAUUUUUUUUUCUCUGUACGCUCAAAGCCAUGAAUGGUGGACUGGCCUGAAUAAAAUCUGGACUGGAAUUUCAACAUUGAUCUUUCUACAGUUGUGUUUGCAGAGAUUUUUGUGUCUUUAAAAAAAAUUGUCCCGCUAAAGCAAUUCAAUCAUCCAUCAAUUAUCUAUACCCACUUAUCCUGUUCAGGGUCACAACUGCUUGGUGGAUCUCCCCAUUGGAUUACAUCCUUGAUAGGCCACCAGUCUGUAACAGGGCUAAUGAUUCACACACAUUAAAUCAAUUCUGGUUU